GCAGCCGGGAGCCGGGUCCCGUCGCUAGCUCGCUUUCCGGCCGGGGCGCGGGGCGCCUGGGUGCCGCCGCCGUCCCCUCUCGCUUCUCCCUGGGCCCCCUGGCUCCUGACCCCGGCGGCGGCUGGUCUGUGGCGAGAGGUCGGGCCGGGCCGGCUCUGGCCUGACCUGCGAGGUGACCUUGGUCGAGUCCCCGGUCGCGCGGAGCCGCGGCGCCCGUGUGUGGCGCGGGCCUGUCAGGGACCCAGUUCCCCCGCGGCCGAGGACACAGAUCUAGAGCGCCCCCCGCCCCAGGCUGCCCCGUGGCAGGGGAAGCGCCAGGCCGCCUGGGGCGGAGCGGGGGAGCUCGGUCUGGGUGGGGGAGAUGCCCCUACGUGUGAAAUGGCCGUUCCCCGCGGUGCCGCCGUUCACCUGGACCCUGGCCAGCAGCGUCGUCAUGGGCCUGGUGGGCACCUACAGCUGCUUCUGGACCAAGUACAUGAACCACCUCACCGUCCACAACAAGGAGGUGCUGUACGAGCUCAUCGAGAACCGAGGCCCAGCCACGCCCCUCAUCACUGUUUCCAAUCACCAGUCCUGCAUGGAUGACCCUCAUCUCUGGGGGAUCCUGAAACUCCGCCACAUCUGGAACCUGAAGUUGAUGCGUUGGACCCCCGCGGCUGCAGACAUCUGCUUCACCAGAGAACUACACUCCCGCUUCUUCAGCUUGGGCAAGUGUGUGCCUGUGUGCCGAGGAGACGGUGUCUACCAGAAGGGAAUGGACUUCAUUUUGGAGAAGCUCAACCAUGGGGACUGGGUGCACAUCUUCCCAGAAGGGAAAGUGAACAUGAGCUCUGAGUUCCUGCGCUUUAAGUGGGGAAUCGGACGUCUGAUUGCUGAGUGUCAUCUCAACCCUGUCAUCCUGCCACUGUGGCAUGUUGGAAUGAAUGAUGUCCUUCCUAACAGCCCGCCUUACUUCCCCCGCUUUGGACAGAAAAUCACCGUGCUGAUCGGGAAGCCCUUCAGCGCCAUGCCUGUACUUGAACGGCUCCGGGCAGAGAACAAGUCGGCCGUGGAGAUGCGCAAAGCUCUGACGGACUUCAUCCAGGAAGAAUUCCAGCGCCUGAAGGUCCAGGCGGAGCAGCUGCAUGACCACCUGCAGCCCGGGAGAUAGACGGUGCCCUCACUUCCUCCUGCAAGGGGGCGGCUGGCCCCCAGGCCCGGGACAGAGGCAGCUCCCACCCAGGCCCUGGCCACCGGCCGCUGGCCGCCAGCGCUGUCUCCAGGCUCUUGCCCUGCACAGAGCUGAACUGGGGGACGGACUGAUGUUUUGAGCAGAUAUGUUCUUUUAGACAGAUUUGUGCACAACCCCAAACAGGGAUCAUGUCCCAGCUGGUGAGCAUUCCCUCUGCUCUGAGCUGCUUCGGUUGAAGGAAGGGUUUCAGCUACUCCUCCCACUUGGCCACGAGAGGAGGAUAAAAUUUCGGCAGGGACCUCCUUCCUCUCCCAGAGCUGGUGUCGGGACGGAGGGUACUUGAAUGGGGGCAGGUGGCCAGACCAGAAGUCCGCACAGGACUUCAUGAGGCCCUUGGCUUGGCAUCCACUCGAUAGGCCCGAUCCAGGAGCUGCCUCAGCACGUCCUCAGGGACGGCCGUCGGCCACCUCUUCCUUCCGCCCACACUUCCCACAGGCGUGGGGUCCUCAGGCAGGGCCCAGCUCCGCGCCGCGAGCAGAAGGGCAGCCUUUUGCCGGAAGUGAAAUCCAGCUGGAUGGAGCCUGCGGCAAGGGCCCAAGACCCAACCACUCACCCGUGUGCCAGGGCCCAGCAACUGCUCUGUCUUUUCCACCUCCCUGGUAUCACCAGAGACCCCUGGGGCCUGGGUUUUCAUGUUUUGUAGCCAAUAAAGCAUCUGUGUCGUGUUUUA